GUCCCGGCGGCUCGGGCGCUGCGCAGAGUGCGGACCCGCGCUGGCAUGUCCCCGCGCGUGGGAGCCCCAGUCGACCGCCGAGUGCGGGAGGCUGCUAACUUGGCUGCAGGCUCCGGGGGCCCGGCCGCGGCCAUGUAGUUGCCGGCGGAGCUCUCUGCAGCCCGGGAGCGGCAGCGAGAGCGAGCAGGAGCCCAGCAGUUCGAGGCUUUCCCCGGAGGCGCUGAGUGCGUGCCGCGCCCUCGCCGGCCCUCGGGCCGCACUUUGGGCCCGAGAGGGAAAUGGGGGAGAAAGUUUCGGAGGUGCUGGAGCCAGUGCUCCGCGGCUGCAGCGGCCACAGUGCCCGGACUCCCGCUCCUGCGGCGGCUGCCGCGUCCUCGCCGGGAGCUUCCUCUGCCGAGUCCUCAUCGGGCUCAGAAACUCUGUCGGAGGAAGGGGAGCCCAGCUUCUCUCGCGAGCACCCGCCGCCGCCGCCGCCGGGCGGCGCUCGGCCGCCCGCCGCGUGUGCUCCCGCGCGCUUGGUGCCAGAGCGUGGAGUCUCCGCGCCGCCGCCGCAGCCGCCGCUGCCCGGAGGAACCGCGCCCCCCGCGCCCCGGGGCAGCAGCGCGUCCCAGGAAGAGCAGGAUGAGGAGCUUGACCACAUACUAUCCCCUCCGCCCAUGCCAUUUCGGAAAUGCAGCAACCCAGACGUGGCUUCCGGCCCUGGCAAGUCGCUGAAGUUUAAAAGACAGCUGAGUGAGGAUGGAAGACAGCUGCGGCGGGGAAGCCUGGGGGGUGCUCUGACUGGGAGGUACCUCCUUCCAAACCCGGUGGCGGGGCAGGCCUGGGCAACCUCUGCAGAGACGUCCAACCUCGUGCGCAUGCGCAGCCAGGUCCUGGGCCAGUCGGCGCCCUUGCUCACGGCCAGCCUGGAAGGGCAGCCUCCGAAGAGCCAUUUCAACUCAGCCCGACAUCGCCAGAGACUAGUGGACCCAGCUGCUUCAAAAAAGGAGCUGAGUCUCCCCAGAAGAGGAAGUCUGAUAGAUUCCCAGAAGUGGAAUUGCUUGGUCAAACGUUGCCGAACCAGCAACCGGAAAAGCUUGAUAGGUAAUGGGCAGCCCCCAGCACUGCCUCGGCCUCACUCACCUCUCUCUGCUCAUGCAGGAAAUAGCCCUCAAGAUAGUCCAAGAAACUUCUCCCCCAGUGCCUCUGCCCAUUUUUCAUUUGCACGGAGGACUGAUGGACGCCGCUGGUCCUUGGCUUCUCUCCCCUCCUCUGGCUAUGGGACAAACACGCCCAGCUCCACGGUCUCUUCAUCCUGCUCCUCCCAGGAGAAGUUGCACCAGUUACCAUAUCAACCAACACCAGAUGAAUUACACUUCUUAUCAAAACAUUUUUGUACCACCGAAAGCAUCGCCACAGAGAACAGAUGCAGGAAUACACCCAUGCGCCCCCGUUCCCGAAGUCUGAGCCCUGGACGCUCUCCUGCCUGCUGUGACCAUGAAAUAGUUAUGAUGAACCAUGUCUACAAGGAAAGAUUCCCAAAGGCUACAGCUCAGAUGGAAGAGCGCCUAAAGGAAAUAAUCACCAGCUACUCCCCGGACCACGUCCUCCCCCUCGCAGAUGGAGUGCUUAGUUUCACUCACCAUCAGAUUAUUGAACUGGCUCGUGAUUGCUUGGAUAAAUCCCACCAGGGUCUCAUCACCUCACGAUACUUCCUUGAAUUACAGCACAAAUUAGAUAAGUUGCUACAUGAGGCUCAUGAUCGUUCAGAAAGUGGAGAAUUGGCAUUUAUUAAACAGCUAGUUCGAAAGAUCCUAAUUGUUAUUGCCCGUCCUGCUCGGUUAUUAGAGUGCCUGGAGUUUGAUCCUGAAGAAUUUUACUACCUAUUGGAAGCAGCAGAAGGCCAUGCAAAAGAAGGACAGGUUAUUAAAACUGACAUUCCCAGGUACAUCAUUAGCCAGCUGGGUCUCAAUAAAGAUCCUCUGGAAGAAAUGGCUCAGCUGGGAAACUAUGAUAGUGGGACAGCAGAAACACCAGAAACAGAUGAAUCAGUGAAAAGCUCUAAUGCUUCCCUGAAACUUCGAAGGAAACCUCGGGAAAGUGAUUUUGAGACGAUUAAAUUGAUUAGCAAUGGAGCCUACGGGGCAGUCUAUUUUGUUCGGCAUAAGGAAUCGCGGCAGAGGUUUGCCAUGAAGAAGAUUAAUAAACAGAACCUCAUCCUCCGAAACCAGAUCCAGCAGGCCUUUGUGGAACGGGAUAUCCUGACUUUUGCAGAAAACCCUUUUGUUGUCAGCAUGUAUUGCUCCUUUGAGACCAGGCGCCACUUGUGCAUGGUCAUGGAAUAUGUCGAAGGAGGUGACUGUGCUACCUUAAUGAAGAACAUGGGUCCUCUCCCUGUUGAUAUGGCCAGGAUGUACUUUGCUGAGACAGUCCUGGCCUUGGAAUAUCUACAUAAUUAUGGAAUUGUACAUAGGGAUUUGAAACCAGACAAUUUGCUGGUCACCUCCAUGGGGCACAUAAAGCUGACAGAUUUUGGAUUAUCCAAGGUGGGGCUAAUGAGCAUGACUACCAAUCUUUAUGAGGGUCAUAUUGAGAAGGAUGCUCGAGAGUUCCUGGACAAACAGGUCUGUGGCACACCUGAAUACAUUGCACCAGAAGUGAUUCUGAGGCAGGGCUAUGGGAAGCCGGUAGACUGGUGGGCCAUGGGGAUUAUCCUCUAUGAAUUUCUGGUUGGAUGCGUGCCAUUCUUUGGGGACACUCCAGAAGAGCUAUUUGGACAAGUCAUCAGUGAUGAGAUCAACUGGCCUGAAAAGGAUGAGGCGCCACCACCUGAUGCCCAGGAUCUGAUUACCUUGCUUCUCAGGCAGAAUCCCCUGGAGAGACUGGGAACAGGUGGUGCGUAUGAAGUCAAACAGCAUCGAUUCUUCCGUUCCUUAGACUGGAACAGUUUGCUGAGACAGAAGGCAGAAUUCAUUCCCCAACUGGAAUCCGAAGAUGACACGAGUUAUUUUGAUACGCGGUCAGAGAAGUACCAUCAUAUGGAGACUGAGGAAGAAGAUGACACAAAUGACGAAGACUUUACUGUGGAAAUAAGGCAGUUUUCCUCAUGUUCACAUAGGUUUUCUAAAGUUUUCAACAGUAUAGAUCGAGGUACUCAGAAUCCAGGAGAAGAAAAGGAAGACCCUGGGGACAAAACCAAAAGCACAGCUUUGCCGUCCACGGAAACAUUAAGCUGGAGUUCAGAGUAUUCUGAAAUGCAACAGUUAUCCACAUCCAACUCUUCGGAUACUGAAAGCAACAGACAUAAAGUCGGUUCUGGCCUGCUUCCCAAACUGGCUAUUUCAGCAGAGGCAGAACAAGAUGAGGCUGCCCCCCACCCCAGAGAGCUGCAUGAGCAGCGGGAAAAGCCAGCCCCGCCCCCUGCAGACAGUGCUCUGGAGGAGCCCGAGGUCAGCACUCCGGCCAGCACCAUCAGCAGCUCCACCUUGUCAGAUAUGUUUGCUGUUUCUCCACUGGGAAGUCCAAUGUCUCCCCAUUCUCUGUCCUCGGACCCUUCUUCCUCAAGGGAUUCCUCUCCCAGCCGAGAUUCCUCAGGAGCUUCUGCCAGUCCAUACCAGCCCGUUGUGAUCCACAGUUCAGGGAAGAACUAUGGUUUCACCAUCCGAGCCAUCCGGGUAUAUGUGGGAGACAGCGACAUUUACACAGUGCAUCAUAUCGUUUGGAAUGUAGAAGAAGGAAGUCCAGCUUGCCAGGCAGGACUGAAGGCUGGGGACCUGAUCACACACGUCAAUGGAGAACCAGUGCAUGGACUCGUCCACACAGAAGUUAUAGAGCUCCUGCUAAAGAGUGGAAAUAAGGUGUCGAUCACGACCACCCCAUUUGAGAACACAUCAAUCAAGACGGGGCCAGCCAGGAGAAACAGCUAUAAGAGCCGGAUGGUAAGGCGGAGCAAGAAAUCCAAGAAGAAGGAAAGUCUGGAAAGGAGAAGAUCCCUUUUCAAAAAACUAGCCAAGCAGCCUUCUCCUUUACUCCACACCAGCCGAAGCUUCUCCUGCUUGAACAGAUCCCUGUCAUCAGGGGAGAGCCUCCCGGGGUCCCCCACUCACAGCUUGUCUCCCCGAUCCCCUACUCCCAGCUACCGCUCCACCCCCGACUUCCCAUCCGGUACUAACUCCUCCCAGAGCAGCUCCCCAAGCUCUAGUGCCCCCAACUCCCCGGCAGGGUCAGGACACAUCCGGCCCAGCACUCUCCACGGCCUGGCCCCCAAACUCAGCGGGCAGCGAUACCGGUCAGGAAGACGUAAGUCAGCGGGCAGCAUCCCGCUCUCCCCGCUGGCCCGGACACCCUCUCCAACUCCACAGCCCACCUCCCCUCAGCGGUCACCGUCCCCUCUGUUGGGACAUUCACUUGGCAACUCCAAGAUCUCUCAAGCCUUUCCCAGCAAAAUGCACUCCCCCCCGACCAUCGUCAGACACAUUGUGAGGCCCAAGAGCGCAGAGCCCCCGCGGUCCCCGCUGCUCAAGCGCGUGCAGUCGGAGGAGAAGCUCUCUCCCUCCUACGGCAGUGACAAGAAGCACCUGUGCUCCCGCAAGCACAGCCUGGAGGUCACCCAGGAGGAGGUGCCGCCGCGGGAGCAGUCCCAGCGGGAGGUGACCUUGCAGAGCCUGGAGGAGAACGUGUGCGACGCGCCUGCCCUCAGCCGGGCCAGGCCUGUGGAGCAAGGCUGCCUGAAACGCCCUGUGUCCCGGAAGCUGGGCCGACAAGAGUCUGUGGACGAGCUGGACCGAGAGAAGUUGAAGGCCAAGGUGGUGGUGAAGAAGCCCGACGGGCUCCCAGAGAAACAGGAAUCCCGCCAGAAACCCCAUGCACUUGGCAAUGAUGUGGAAAACCUCUCUGCUUUUAGGCUAGAAGACAGAGAGAAGAAAAUCUAUCCAAAGGCUUCGGAAAGGUCAAAGCAUUUUGAAAACAAAGCAGCCGCGCAGGAGGCCCAGGCCCCGGGCAGCCUGCUGAAAGAUGCUCUCCACAAACAGGCCAGUGUGCGGGCCAGCGAGGCUGUCACCUCGGAGGGGGCAGCAGCUCCCGGGGACCACAGCCAGGGCACCGGUGACCUCAAACGAGCCUCGGCUCACAGCACCCUACAAGACGGUCUCUGUCACGCCACCCACAGGCCCACCUCUGGGAAGGGUGAGUACACGGAGAAGGCCCCGCAGGCCAAGGAGGGUCCCCGGUGUGAGAAGUUAGACAGCAAGCUGGCCAACAUCGAUUACCUCAGAAAGAAGAUGUCCCUUGAAGACAAAGAUGAUGGCCCCUGCCCUGUGCUCAAGCCCAAGAUGACAUCUGGUGCCCAGGAGGGCCUGCUGGGGAGCGCGAGCCGACCGGCCGGGGGGCAGCAGGAGGCCCAGCCGGCCUCCGAGAGCCGCGCGCCAUUCAUCAGCGGCCACGUGGCUCAGCUCAGCACCGUCUCCUUUGUCCCUCUCAAGGCCCUUUCUGGCCGGGUGGACAGCGGAGCGGAGAAGCCGGGCUUAGCUGCUCCAGAGUCGCCUGUCCGGAAAAGCCCCUCCGAGUAUAAGCUGGAAGGGCGGUCUGUGUCAUGCCUGAAGCCCAUUGAGGGCACUUUGGACAUUGCUCUUCUGUCUGGACCGCAGGCCUCCAAGACGGAGCUGCCUUCACCAGAGCCUGCCCAGAGCCCCAGCCCAGGCAGUGACGUAGGGCCCCCUGUGCCACAGGCUCCCGCCGGCAGCGUGGGGAGGAAGGGUGAAACUGCGGGUCAGAGGGAGUCCUCCCCUGCCAGCUUCAAGGUGAACAAAUCCUACCUGCUCGAGCCUCGGUUCCCACCACCCAGCCGGGGUCUGCAGGGCUCACUGGCAUCACCCCUGCCUGACCCAGAGCUGAAGCUGGACAGGAAGGUUUCCCAUGCAGCCAGGACCCCGGUGACCAUCGUGGAAAGCCAUCCCCAGCGGGGAGAGGGCAGCCCCAGCCAACACCAAGACCACAGGCCCGAUGUUAAGCUCCUUCCCCUCCUGGGGCAGAACCUCCAAGGUGCUGACCCGUCUAGAUUGCGCAGCCCGCUCCCACCUGAAGGUGCCCCCUUGAGGGAGAAGCCUAGUGGGAGGGAGUCGUCCGAAAGGAGCCCUCCCACAGCCAGAAGUGAGCGGUUGGCUUUGAGGGCCGACAUCCGCAGAGACCCCUCCAAGGAGCUGUAUCCACCAGAAGCUACUAAAACCAGUGACAACUCCAAAACCCUCCCCGCUGUGGGGAGGACCCGCCCAGAUGUCUCCACCCAGACCCAGGCCCUGGAGAAAGCAUGCGGGCCUUGUGGGAAAACAAACCCCAAAGACGGCCGAGAUGAGGUGAGGCCACUGGCCAGAGAAGGCCCCUCUUUGCACUCUGCAGCGACUCCUUGUGAGAGGGAGCUGGGCAAGGGAAGGAGUGGCCCGGAAUCUAAGCUGGCAUUCGCUUCUGCCAGGUGGUCUCUGGAGCCACCCGGGACAGAGAGUGAGAAGAGUGAAAAGCUCUCCGGUUUCGGAUCUGUGCAGAAAGAUGGUCCCAAGGAACCAGAAAGGAAAGAACAGCCCCUGCAGAAGCAUCACCUCACCAGUAGCUCUCAGCCCCUACCUACCACCAAAGAGCUCCCUCGCCUGGCCGCUCAGCGGCAUUACACUCAACAAAGCUACCCUGCUGGCUCUCUGCCUGGGAGCAAGCCCUGUGCUACACACUCAAUCCUGGGCCUCCAGGACCCUCCCAAGCCCACUGCCGUGCUCUGUGAAAGCAGCAGCCACAAGCCCAGGUCUGGCCCCGACACAGACCCUCCAAAGUCUAAGCACCCAGACCGGCCCCUCUUCUCCCAGAAGCUGAGCAUUGAGGCUGCAGUGGGCAAAGAGCCUGGUGCUCAGGCCCCCGGCAAAGAGGGGAAGGGCAGCAGUAAGGGUGUGUCAGAGGAGUUCCCUGCCCUCCCAGGUCCCCAGAACACAGCCCGCGAUGUGAUUGGCCAGGGAGCAAGUGGGCCCUCAGUCCCCCUACAGAUGGAAUGGGGUCCUCUAGACACCAAGCUGAGACCCACCAGCAGUGGGCAUCCCCCAGAGGCACUGGAGAAGCCCGCACAUCCACCACGGCAAGGACCCCUAGGGGCCAGUGAGUCGGUAGACCAGAAACUUCCCACUGUAGGGGAAAGGCAAAACCCAUCUCCAAAGGCCCCCAAACCAUCCACUGUGAAAGAUUAUCCCCCUCUGUGCAAACAGACAGACAGGAGCCUGAGUCCGCCGGCUGCCAGCGCUGACGCCGGGAAGUCUGAAGGCAAGAAAUGCACCGAAGCACUUUACUCCCCUGUGGACAGUGGGAAGCCGGGGGCCAGCCUUUCCCCGGUGCAAGGUGAGGCUGGGCCCAAGGGCACGGAGAGGCCGGCAGCAGCCGCCGGGAAGGGCUGGCCGGAGGCCAAGGGGAAAGGGCCCGGUUCCCAGAAGCCACUGACGGAGGCGGGCAAGCCCAGUGGCAUGAAACGGUCGCCCUCGGCCACGGCGCAGAGCUCUUUCCGCUGCACUGCCCUCCCCGAGAAGUCUCUGAGCUACUCCUCUGGCUUUCCCGAGGCUAGAUCAGUAGUUUCAGAGACUUCUACAACCUGCAGCGACACCUUCUCUGCCAAGGCCGGCAGGGCCACAGCUGAGCCCUCAGCCUCCAGCAGCAGGGACCAUCGAAAGCCCCUGCCUGGGGGGGAUGGCAGAACCCAAAUGACAAAGAGCGACUCCUUGCCAUCCUUCCGCAGCUCAGCCAUCACUCUGGAAUCCUAUCACCCUAACCCAGGCGUGGGGGAGGGCGCCAGCCACCGGGACAGGGUCCUCUCAGGAGCAGCCACCGCGGGAGAAACCAAAGGGAAAGAGCCGGCCCCCGCCCAGCCAGCUCAGACUAGGAAGCAGAAUGUGGGCAGAGAGGUGACCAAGCCGUUCCCCGCUCCAAGCGCGGAGCGCCCCAUCGCCCUUCCUUCUGAGAAGGACUCUGGGGUGCGACAGAGGCGGGGGAAAGAGAGUUUGCGCGGCAGCCCACACAAGAAGGCCUUGUGAUGGGGCAGGCCCCUGGCGGGACUGGGGCACCCAGCCUGCGUGUGUAACUGCAUCUUGACUACCUUGGAAACCAGCACUGUGGGAACCCCCCCCAGGCAGAGCCUGGAGCCUCACCGAAGAAGGGGGAGAGAAGAAACAGGAAAAGAAGGGACCUUCUUCCAAAUGCCUUCCCAAUUGGAACCGGUAAACUGUUACCAGAUAGUGUUUGUACAAAAAAAAUAAAAAUAAAAAAACAAAAAAUCUUUUUGGUUGAGGUUGAGGUUGCGGAUUGUUGAGGAAAACGAUUUUCUCUGUAAAUACCUAGCAAUGUGUUUGGUUUGGGGGAUAUAGAGUCGAUACUUUGCUGCUGAUGGCAUCAUUUACUACAGCUUUUUUUUUAAUAAGAUUUUCGCUCUACCAUUGAUCAUAAUGCAGUAACGAAGCAAAAGGGUUAAACCUGGGUAUAUGUAAAAGUAUAGAUACACCCAUAUUCGUGUAUAUACACAUCCACCCACGUGUUCUGGUCUGUGGUUGAAAAGAAUAUUUCAAGGCUACAUUUUUCUACGUUAAAACAUUCUAAGUCGAGUUGAAGGUGAAAGAAAGCCCCAAAUACACUAGAUUGUAAGCCUUCAUGUGUAUUUUUAACGAGUGAUUUUGAUAGUACUGUAUCUGGCUACCUAUACUUCCAGAUCUAAAGAACUACUCGAAUCACUGCAUUUGGAAUCCUCCUCCAUCAGAAAUGGCCACAACAGUUGGAGCUAGCCAUUUUCAUUUCAUUUCAUGGUCAUCCUAAUAGCCAUUUUGACCCUGGGCCCAGCUGUCUGAAAGGCCAGUUGUCCUUGUCUGUGGGUGUGUAUGUCAACUCCUCACCAUAGGUAGAGCGGGGGCUAUAAACACAUGUCGACUUAUUUCUGUUCUUUUGCUUUCCCUUUCUGUUCUCUCGCUUUUCCUUUUCAUGCUCUUAAACUCAGGCCUUUAUGCUAUGAGUCACUAGUCUAAGAAGCACACAUUUUAUAGUAGUUCUGCACCAGCCCUGCUGUUGAACAUAAAGGAAAGUUGCUGGCCGCACACAAAUCUGCUCAUAAGCAUCGGGCAUUGGAAGAGGUUUUCAAUUUGCUUUUUUGAGGAAAAGUCGGGGGACGGGGUGGGGUUGUGGAUUUUGGCAUCAUAGCAUAUAUUUUAAGGAAUAAUCAGGACAUCAGAUACAUUUUAAUACAUAGCUGGGGCCUUAUGUUGUAGAUGAAGCUUGCUGUUUUUAGCAAGUUCCUGGGUUUCACAUUCAUUUCUGAUACAUCAAGUAGCUCCAUACAUUUCAUAACAUGAUCUCUUUAUUUGUAUGCAAAAAAAAAUACUGUAUUAAUAAAGAGCAUCAUUUUUGUAACAAAAAGACUUGUUGGAGCUAUUUGGUGCUUGAAUGUGACUGUCCUUUUUACUUUUGCUAAGCCUUAUUUAAAUUUUGUAUACCAUGGAAUAUGUAGAAUUUGUCCAAUCAUUUUAGUGCUGAGGGGGAUCUUUUUGUUUGUUUUUUGUUGCAGUUUUCCUUCCUGGUGGAUUGUUUUAUAUUGUAAGACAGCACUUGCUGACAUAAGUACUAAGGCACUAAGAGAAAAUACACACAGAUAAGUAUUUAUAAGAUGCUUGGGAUCCGUAGCAGGAUUUUUUGUUUUGUAAGAGAAAAAAAAAAAAAUUACCAAGAAGAAAUACUAAUCCAGCACCCAUCCCCCCUGGGGAGUGUCUUAGUAUCUUCAGGCUAUAACAUUGUUCACCUAAGCACAGCUUCAUCUUACAGCCCUGUGGAUUAUAAAUCAUUCAGUGAGGCUGUAAACUCCGCUCCAAAAACAAAGGCGUAACUUAAACUGCUUGGUUGUCCUUCAUUGUAAAAUGAGUUGGCAAUGGCAAAAGAAAAAAAGAAAAAAAGUCUCCUCCUUGCUCC